AUGGCGUUGAACGAGAACGAGACUCAGAGUGAAAAGGGCGUGAUUGUUCAAAAAAGGGGAGUUCUCCAAUUGACCACUGAGGAUGCUUUGCUAGCUCAAAAUAAACUUCUCUCUCAACAAUUGGAUAACUUGUCAAAGAUCAUUGCUCAACUGCCAAAGGAGUUGAGGAAUGUUUCACAAGCUCAACAACAACUAUGUGAUUUAUGUGGUAGUGACCAUGUUAAUGGCCAAUGUGCCUUCCCUGAAAAGGCACAAGAAGAAGCAAACUAUUUGGGCAACCAGUUUCAAAAACCACAACCACCAUUAAGGCAACAAGUGGCUAAUUUGACUGAGCACGUUAGAAGCCUUGAUGAGAAAUUCAAAAAAUUCUUGAAGGUAUAUGAUUCUCAUUAUAAGAGUCAUGAAGCUAAUUUCAGGAAUUUGGAGACACAAAUUGACCAGUCAUCUAAAAGGGUGGAAAUCACAGAGAACAACCAGUUUAGGGCUAAUAUUGAAGUUAACCCUAGAGGGGAUUGUAAGGUUGUUGUAAGCAUGGUUGAGGAGAGAGGAGAAAAAGAAAUUAUUGAGAUAGAGAGUAAUGAGGAUGAGAUGGAGGAAGAGAAAAAAAUUGAAAAAAAAAAUGAGAGUUAUCUUCCUUACCUGAGAAGAGAAGAGAUAAAAAAGAAUAAUUGUGGGUACUUUAGAGAAAUCUUCAAUCAAAUGAAGAUUAAUAUGCCUUCAACCGAAGCCCUCCAACAACGUCCUGUUUAUUCCAAGCACAUAAAGUAUUAUCUUGGAGAAAUUAUUGAUCUUGAAGAAGAAGAUUCUAAGGAACAGGAAGGUUGUAUGCACCCUUUGAAGAAGAAACACCCUCCAAAGAUGAAGGAUCCAGGAAGCCUUACAAUUCCUUGCGCCAUUGGGAAUGUUAAUGUAGGGAGAGCUUUACUUGAUUCUGGGUCAGGUAUUAACUUGAUGCCCCUAUGUAUGUUGAAAAAGAUUGGUGGGCUAACAUUGAAGCCAACCAAUAUGUUUGUGGUUGUGGCGGAUGGAUCCUCAAAAAGACCUUAUGGUGUAGUAGAGGAUGCGGUGAUUCGUGUGGAACACCUUGAGUUCUUGGUUGAUUUUGUAGUAAUGGAGAUGAAAGCCGAUGAGAUGAUUUCGUUGAUUCUUGGAAGGCCAUUCAUGAAAACAGCCAAAGUGGUCAUCAGUGUCCAUGAUGGGCUGGUUAUGUCAAAAGACCAAGAACACAAGCUGAUCUUGAAUGACUCUGAGGAGAAGAUGACAAGAAUACAAAAGAGGGCCAAAUAUAAUGCUUCAAGGAAGGAUACUAAAAGUGCUAACACAGGUAAUAAUUGUGAUUUCUUGCAGGUAUGGGAAGAGGAAGAUGUUGAUAAAGGAGGCACAGUCCAUGUUGACUUGGAAGAUUCCCCAUUCUAG